AUGGUUGUUCACAUUCUCGGAAAAUCGCUGCCGGGGACGGCUUUGCUGGACUAUGCGCUUGCUUCCAAGAUAUUUGGUGUGGGUUUGAAGACGUCUCGGGAACUGUGUGCCAAGCUAGGCUUUUACCCUAAGAUGAGGGUUCACCAGCUCACGGAAAACCAGGUGUUAUCCAUAACCAAAGAGCUUUCAGAAAUGACGGUGGAAGGAAAGCUGAAGACGAUAUUGAGGGAGAACAUUCAGGCGAAGAAGGAUCUGGGUCGUUACUCAGGUUUGAGACAUGCGCUGGGAUUGCCGGUGAGAGGACAGAGGACGAAGACGAACGCACAGACCGCAAAGAGGCUGAACAGAUAUUUGGCGCAUCGUUAA